AAAGUUUAAAGGGAGCACUUUUACUGGAGUCAUAUUUUACCGAGUGUAUCUCUACGUCACCUCAAGUACAUCAUUUCAUCUACCACUGGAUUUAUUCAUGGUCCAUGCUGUGACCUGUUCAUCACUUUGAAGCACGGGAACCACCUCAAGCUUUUAUAUGCUCUACAGAUUUAUUUAAUACUCUCGACAAAUCAUCUCCUUGAAAGCAAAGAGCCGGUGCAAGAAGUUCAGAGGAGGUGCGGUGCAUAUACCGAUUUGUAAUACAUGUUAGAAACACAUAAUAAUGAAAGAUGUUUACAUGGGAAGUGCUUCCACAGCAAUAAGGGUAUAAAACAGAGUUCUCUUUAUCUCAGGCAUGGGGUGAUGUAUGCAAAUAUAGAGCACUUCCUUGACUAGUUGACUUCCCCAUUUGUCUCCUGUGGAACUGGUCUGUAUAUUAGACAUAGGGUUUGGUUUCCUGAUAUCACCAAGUGACAGAGAGAAAGAGCAGGAAAUCUGUAAAGACUGCUUGAAGAUCUCUCCUUGAAGACGCUACUCACUGCUGUAGUCUCCACCCUGAACAAGCUUCGCUCUCGUGCUUGUGUUAACAGAAAUCUCGCGAGAUCUUCUCGCAUCAUGGUUUGGAUCCCGCCCCUGAAGCGAUGCCCUACUGCAGACAGUGUGUGUGUGAGUGUGUGUGUGUGUAUAUAGCUGCGAAAAGAGGCGCUGAAACGAGAGGAGGAGUUGCGGCAAGGUCGCUCCAGCAUCACAUGUGAACUAGCUAGAGCUCUCACUAACACACACCUAGCCACCAUCAUAACCAUCAUAACGGACCUCCUCCUGCAUCUCAGCCUGACUUUCUAAUCGCCCUGGAGCUCGGCUGGUCUCGACCUGAAAGCCGAUGCCUCGUGUGACCGGUCAUCUCUAUUUGCAUCCGCGUGUGUGAAGUCGCAGACGCCCUGUCUGAAGAUCCGUCAAGCGGAAACCCAACAAGUCUUUUUUUUAUUCUUCCGUCUUGUUUUGGGUUCGCAGCGUGCGAGACCUGAAGCCAAGAGCAGCGUGGUGGCAUCACCGCAUUUUUUUUCGCCGGGCCCGUUAACGUCAGAGAGCGACUCGCGCUUUCCAGGUUGGCCAUGUCUGAGCUUUCCAGCCCGUCUCAGGCGCCGGCAGGAGCCCCGCACCAGGACACCGACUUCCUCUGUUUGAGCGGCGACAAAGCACCGGCCGGUCCGACCCCGAGUCAGAGUCGCUUUCAGGUCGACCUGGUGGCCGAGGCGGCUGGGAGCGAUCAAACCAGCGCCUCUUCUCCUAAGGAUGAGGAGGAGAAGGAUGAGGAGAAGGGCGGCAGGGUGCCGAGCGCGGCGGCGGUGGAGGAGGAGGCGAAAGGCCGCUUCCGCGUGGUGAACUUCGCGGACGCGAGCGCGGCCACGAGUCCGGACGCGGCGCCCGGCGACGGCCUGCAGAACGGCGACACGGCGCUGAGCGAGGGCAGCGUGCACUCCUCCACCGGCCAGCAGCACUACCACUACGACACGCACACCAACACCUACUACCUGCGCACGUUCGGCCACAACACCAUCGACGCCGUGCCCAAGAUCGACUUCUACCGUCAGACUGCGGCACCCCUGGGCGAGAAGCUCAUCCGACCCACCCUGUCUGAACUGCACGAUGAGCUGGAUAAGGAGCCGUUUGAGGAUGGAUUUGCCAACGGCGACGAGCUGACUCCUGCUGAAGAGGCUGCAGCCAAAGAGGCAACCGAGCCCAAAGGAGUUGUGAAAUUUGGAUGGGUCAAAGGAGUGCUGGUCCGCUGCAUGUUGAACAUUUGGGGUGUGAUGCUCUUCAUCCGCAUGACAUGGAUCGUGGGCCAGGCUGGAAUUGUGUGCUCCUGCAUCAUUAUCGCCAUGGCGACCAUCGUGACCUCCAUCACCGGGUGUUCCACCUCGGCCAUAGCGACCAACGGUUUUGUUCGAGGAGGAGGGGCAUAUUAUUUGAUAUCGCGAAGUUUAGGCCCCGAGUUUGGUGGAUCCAUUGGCCUCAUUUUUGCGUUCGCCAACGCUGUGGCAGUGGCUAUGUACGUCGUUGGCUUUGCCGAGACUGUCGUUGAGCUGCUUCAUGCGUCUAAUCUAAUCAUGCUCGAUCAGAUCAACGACAUCCGAAUUGUAGGAAUCAUCACUGUCAUUAUCCUCCUCGGAAUCUCUGUGGCAGGAAUGGAAUGGGAGGCCAAGGCUCAGAUCUUCCUGCUGGUCAUCUUAAUCACUGCCAUCUUCAACUACUUUAUUGGUUCAUUUAUACCAUUAGAUUUUAAGAAAGAGCAAGGAUUCUUCGGCUAUGACUCCGGCAUCCUGGUGGAAAAUUUAUUACCAGACUUUCGAGGAGAAACUUUCUUUUCAGUGUUUGCGAUCUUCUUCCCUGCGGCUACUGGCAUUCUGGCUGGUGCCAACAUCUCAGGAGAUCUUGCGGAUCCUCAAAUGGCAAUCCCAAGGGGAACCCUUUUAGCCAUACUUAUUACAGGCAUCGUGUAUGUGGGAGUUGCUGUAAGCGCAGGAGCCUGCAUUGUGAGAGAUGCCACUGGAAUCCCUGCAAACGGCACUUUAAUGCAAAAUUGCACUGAAGCGGAAUGCAGGUUUGGUUUUGACUUCUCCUCCUGCAAGCCUGUUAACCGAACAGAGUCCACCUGUAAGUAUGGACUCCACAAUAACUUUCAGAUAAUGAGCGUGGUGUCUGGUUUCGGCCCCCUCAUCACAGCCGGGAUUUUCUCUGCAACCCUUUCCUCUGCCUUGGCCUCUCUGGUCAGCGCCCCCAAAGUGUUCCAGGCUUUAUGCAAAGACAACAUUUACCCUGGCAUUGCUGGUUUUGGGAAAGGCUACGGCAAGAACAACGAACCCCUGCGUGGCUACUUCCUCACGUUCGGCAUCGCCCUGGCAUUCAUCCUUAUUGCUGAGCUGAACAUCAUCGCACCAAUCAUUUCAAACUUCUUCCUGGCAUCCUACGCCCUUAUUAAUUUCUCAGUGUUCCACGCUUCUUUGGCAAACUCUCCAGGGUGGAGGCCCAGCUUUAAGUACUACAACAUGUGGGUGUCUCUGGCUGGAGCUGUGCUGUGCUGCGUAGUUAUGUUCGUCAUCAACUGGUGGGCUGCGCUCCUGACCAACGUCAUCGUCUUAUCCCUCUACAUCUAUGUCAACUACAAGAAGCCAGAUGUGAACUGGGGCUCUUCUACCCAGGCGCUGACCUACCACCAGGCGCUCACGCACAGCCUGCAGCUCUGCGGCGUCGCCGACCACAUCAAAACCUUCAGGCCGCAGUGUUUGGUGAUGACCGGAGCCCCCAACUCUCGGCCUGCUCUCCUCCAUCUGGUUCAUGCCUUCACCAAGAACGUUGGCUUGUUGAUGUGUGGCCAUGUGCGCACCAGUUCUCGGAGACCCAAUUUUAAGGAGCUGAACAAUGACACGUUGCGGUACCAGCGCUGGCUUCUCAACAACACCAAAGCUUUUUACACACCUGUCAUAGCAGAGGACCUCCGGCUGGGCACCCAGUACCUCCUGCAGGCUGCUGGACUGGGGAGACUGAGACCCAACACACUGGUGCUUGGCUUCAAGAACGACUGGCAGAAUGCUGAUAUGAGGGAUACAGAGACCUACAUCAAUAUGCUACACGAUGCGUUUGACUUCCAGUAUGGAGUUGUCAUUCUCAGACUGAGGGAAGGGCUGGAUAUUUCCCAUAUUCAAGGCCAAGAUGAUACCUCGGGAAUGAAGGACGUGGUGGUGUCCAUCGACAUGAGCAAAGACUCUGAUGGCGACUCGUCCAAGUUUUCAUCUAAGACCACCAGUGUUCAGAACAGUCCUGCUGUCCAGAAAGAAGAUGAUGAGGACGGCAAAGCUCCUACACAGCCCCUGUUGAAAAAAGAUAAAGCGAGUCCUACGACGCCCCUGAAUGUGGCUGAUCAGAAGCUGCUGGAGGCCAGUCAGCAGUUCCAGAAGAAGCAGGGGAAAGGAACGGUGGACGUCUGGUGGCUGUUUGAUGAUGGCGGUCUCACGCUGCUCAUCCCGUACCUCCUCACCAACAAGAAGAAGUGGAAGGAUUGUAAGAUACGAGUGUUUAUCGGGGGCAAGAUCAACCGGAUCGAUCAUGAUCGCAGAUCCAUGGCCACGCUGCUCAGCAAGUUCAGGAUAGAUUUCUCUGAUAUCACAGUCCUCGGAGACAUCAACACAAAACCCAAGACUGAGAGGGUGGAAGACUUUUCUCAGAUGAUCGAGCCCUAUAAGCUGAGAGAAGACGACAUGGAGCAGGAGGCAGCGGAGAAGCUGAAAGCCGACGAGCCCUGGAGAAUCACGGAUAACGAGCUGGAGCUUUACAAGGCCAAGAGUAAUCGUCAAAUCAGACUAAACGAGCUGUUGAAGGAGCACUCAAGCACAGCCAACCUUAUUGUCAUGAGCAUGCCCUUGGCCAGAAAAGGAGCAGUGUCCAGCGCCCUGUACAUGUCCUGGUUGGACACUCUUUCCAAGGACCUCCCUCCUAUUCUUUUGGUUCGUGGCAACCAUCAGAGCGUCCUGACGUUCUACUCUUAAAGCGCUCCGAUUAUCACCGAUCCCAUAAAAGCACACGAAAAGCCGACAAUUAACACAAACGCGCGCACGCACACACACCGACACGAUGACGGUAGAUUACCUGGGACUCUCGGGUAAAAGCGUGAUGGACGAAUGGACGAUACAGAGACUGAGAGCAUCUUCUUUGACAAACUCUUCAUGUUUUGUAGCUCAGUGACGUCUGCCACUGAGACUGAAAAUGAGAAUUUGGGAAAUGCUUCUAACCAGAUGAGAACCUGAGAAUGAUUAAAGGCCAUCGUUAUUUUUU